UCUCUCUCUCUCUCUCUUUCUCUCUCUCUCUCUCUCUCUCUGUCUUGCUCUCUCGCUCUCUUUGUCUAGCCGUUAUUGUUUUAGUAAAGAUGAGCAGGCAGGUGAACUCCGGAGGCCGGGGAGAUUUCUGGAUGUGACCCUUGCAUGCUGACCGAAGUCAGUAUGUCCAGCUGUGACUGGGUAUGCCUUAUGCAGCUGCUGGUAUACGUGCCGGUUUUGGUCCUGGGUAUUCCUCUGAACCUGGCGGCUCUGUGGAAGCUGCUGAGCAUCCGGCGAUGGCGCGAGUCCACAGUUUACCUUCUGAACCUCAUCAUCAACGACACGCUCCUGCUUCUGUCACUCCCCUUCAAAAUCCACGCCUACAACCGAAACUGGCACCUGGGCCGCCCGUUCUGCUCCCUGCUGGAGAGUCUGGUGUACGUCAACGUUUACGGAAGCAUCCUGCUGAGCGUGUGUAUCGCCGGUGACCGCUUCGUGGCUCUACGCUUCCCAUUUGCAGCACGGCGCCUGCGCUCUCCGCUGAAGUCUGCUCUGAUCUGUUUGGUGAUCUGGAUGUUGGUGUUCUCCUGCAGUUACCCAGUCUACAGCCUUAAUCAUGACAACACAUCCUCCUCCUUCUGCUUCCAGAACUUCUCCAACCGCACCUGGGAGAACCGCUGGAUUGUGGUGUCCAUGGAGACGGUGUUUUGCUGCAGUACCGUCGUUAUGGUGUUCUGCUCCGUUCAGGUGGUGAGACUCCUGCGCGACCUUCGCAAGCGCAACCCAAACGACCCCAAACUGCGCAACAACAAGAGCGUGAAGAUUGUCCUCAGCAACCUGCUCGCCUUCCUCAUCUGCUUCAUCCCGUACCACAUAGCGGCCCUGCUGUACUUCCACUAUAAGAACAGCAGGCCGGGGUCAGUCUUCAUACGUCAACUGCGAUAUUUCGUCCACAGCAGCCUGUGUGUGGGCAGCGUGAACUGCCUGGCGGACGGAGCCUGCUACUACUACAUCCUGAAGGAGAACCUGCACACGGCGAAGCUGGAGCGCAGAGCCACCCUGCAAUCCACACAUAUAAGACAUAAAAACGUACAGUCACACAAUCAGAGCACAGAGAUGGUCCGAGAGGAGUCUGAGGAGAGUAGAGACCCUCAAAGGUUAAAGAACGGAUCUUCUAAUGGCUCUUUCAGAGGGAAGAACUGAUGGAUUUGAAAGGAAAGAAAGAGCUAAAGCUACUGAUACAAAUGAUUAUAUAUAAGACUGUCUUGUGUGUCUAAUUAGGAAAAAGACUGCAAAUCAAAUCGGCAGAGGCCUCAAAGCGAGGACCACAGCUGCUCACUGACCCUCUGACAGUUUAAAUGGAUUUUACUGCAGUUUUGACAGCGUUCAGUCAAGCUUAGCAGACUAGCCAGGAGCGCCCGGCUCUCCUACUCUUCCCUUUGUAAUUGAGGAUCACGAUGUGAGGAUAUUUCUGCAUGGACACAACAGCAAGACAGCAGCUGACCCUGAUUCAGUUUCUAUGGCAACUCUGAAUGGUGCUCAUAAGCGCGGCCUUGUACAGCCUGUUUUAAGCCUGUUCUCCUGAAACCAGCCACCGCGUUCCUUUCUGUGAAUAUGCAAACCUCAGAAUGCAUAACACGCAAACAUCCAUCCGAAGCUGCCGCUCUGGAUCUGCAGUCUGCAUUUAGCUAUUAACAGAUCAGUUACUGCUGUGUCUCUCAACCAUCUCUCUGUUCUGAAGCCUGUGGGGUCUUGCCUAAUAAUAAUAAUUAUAAUAUUAAUAAUAAUAAUAAUUUUUAUUUACACAGCACUUUUUAUGCUGGUGGCAGUUCAAACAGGUGUUACAGCUUAACAGUAAUACAAGAAACGAUGAGUAUUUAUAUAAAAUCAUAUAAGUCAAUAACACAGAUCAGAUUUAAAGAGAAACAGCCGUAGAGUUUUACUGAUAAGGCGGGAUUCCCGCUGGCUGUAUGCCAUCCUUGGACCACCCAGAUUACUGUUCUGCAUAAAGAGGCUAUCUAGCUUUUAAUCUCCUCAAACCGAUUUUAAAUGUACAGAGACUUUUAUUUUGUAAAAUAAACUAUUACAACCAAGAGAAAAAUAAUGACUAGGCCUGAAAUGAACUAAUUUAGUUGAAGACGCUGUGGUAGAUCAGUCACAGCUGGGUAACUGGCUUUAUUUAUGAUAUUACUGUUAAAAUGAUUGAAUUCUCUAAUUUAUAAACGAUUGCAAAGGAAAGAAAUGAAGGGAAAAUGAUUGAAUUGGACUGUGAGUAGAAAGCAAGCACUGAAAAGUGGCGUUAAUGCAGUUUAAGCACCAGUGGACCGCCCGCCGUGGGCUUACAGUCUAGGUCAGGGUUCUGUGUGUCUGUUCUGUUACACACAGAUGGCAGCGGCUCCCAGUGAUGUGGUGAAAACGUGAGUUUCUCUAGUGUUUGAUCAGAGCUGCUCCAGGAACUUCGCGCUGAGGGUAAACAGCCGCUGGGCUCCUUUCUUGGAACGACUGUUUCCUCUUCUCUGAAAAGGGAUGACAGGCUGAGCAGUGUCGCAAUGAAAGCCCACCAAAGGGUCUUCACCCUCGCCAUUUAUAAACGUGCGUGAAAAGAGGACGUUAAAUAAUGAGUCACUGGACUGUACAGAAUCCUCACAGACCAUCGGUCAACAAUGACGCAGAGCAUUGUUCUGCCUCAGAAAUGACCGUCUGUGAUUUGCCUUUAAAUCUGAGCUCUCAGCGUGAAGUUCAGUGAAAAGACUCGAAUGCAUAAACAUGAGAACAUAUGGGUUCUUAUGAGAUGUGUCCGAAGUUCAGCCCUGGGGCCACAUGUGGCCUGUAAACAGAUUCUAGCCUGGCUUCUGUUUUAGAGUGUGUUAUGAGUGUCCGCUGCAGUUCCUCCUCUCGCCUGACGGGGGCAGCAGUGCUGUAAGAUCACAGUGUAAAGCUGCACUGCGAUAACGAAGUAGCUAAAGUUUACGAGCCUUUCUUCUCAGACUGACCUGCAGCUUCAUUUACUGACCACAUUCAGUCCAGACUGAGCCGUAAAGCUCAGACCAACUCCGAGAGCCGCGGAUUAUGAGCCUCAUGUUUCAAAAGACUGUAACAGAUUUAAAACCCACAGACAUGAAGCAGCAGAACAUCACAGUAAAUAUUCAGGAGAGAAACUAAAGCGGCUGCAGCUCCGAGUCUCACAGCUCCGACUUCAUAUCAGAGCAGGAAACAUCAACCCUUUAAGGAGGAACAAUAACGGCUGAUUAUGUUUAAUCUGAUCUCCUUUAAUACAGUCAUUUCUCAAUGAUUUAAGACUUUGGUUUAGAUUGUUUUACAAGUGCAAUUUGUUUAUAAGUAAACGCUUGAAUAGGAACAUAAUUAAUACAUUGGGAAAGAUUUAUUGAUUAAUUGACGUGCUCACUGAUCCGAUCAACAGUAACAGGAGCCUCGAGCACUUUUAUACCGUGAUAGGAAACUAGGAAUAAUAGGAAUUAUAUUUCAGCCCACGUGAUUCGAUCUGAACCUCUCUGAAGAAAGUUUGGGCACCCCGGUAUAUAUUGAUAUUAAUAUUGGACUCCAACGAGCGUUAUCCAGCUAGUAUUGAUUAUCACAGGCUUUAUAACAAGUUCUGAAAAUGAAUUAUUAAUGUUAUUACUAUACUAAUUAAUAACUGUUCAGUGACUGUCUCUGUCAUUUACCCUGUAUUUACUCAGGGACUGAGCUGCGGACCUCUAGAUGAAUAGUGAAUAAGUGCAGCCAUUGUAAUGUUCCAUUUUUGGGACAGCGCCCUCUGCUGGCUCUGAGUGCAACUCACCCCUCACCCUGUUCUGCUUACCGUGAAGUGAAUAUUCUCCUCCGGUCAUCAGUACCUGAUGGUCAGUGGAAGAGUGAAUGGACUUGUGUCUACACUGCUUGUUGUAUGAUUUGUGUUUCUACUGGAUUUUGUAUUAGAAAUAUUUCCUUGUUUAUGUUUGAAUCAGGAAAAUCUCAGAAGCUGUUAUGUUAUGGCAAUAAAUAUUGAUUUAUCUGUGA